ACCGCGUAUUGUCGCGUGCCGACUGCUUAGGGUGCUCUGCCAUGAGGGAUAUAUAAGUCGUGUUUAUCGCGUGACCUGUAGCUGUCAAUACGUACGUUAAAGUUCGAACAUUUCGUCGAGGUUAUGUUGUGAUCCGUGCUCUAGGACUACUGGAUUUUUUCGGAGUGGCCCGUUUCAUUAGACUGCGCCCCCGAAAAAUUCGGGAAAAGUUUUGCGGAACAAGAGACUACUUUGGCAUGCAACACGAAUCUCCAUGGUCGACAGCUAUCAUGGCCACUAUCGGUUCGGCAUCAGCAAUUGCUACAUCGACCUCUGUCGCCCUAUUGCUCAUUCUGGCCACCCUGCCCCGUGUUCUUGGCGCACUGGAGCUAGAUUCAUGUGAUUCUCCAUUGGGAAUGGAGUCCGGAGCCAUAAAGAACUCCUCGAUAACAGCAAGCUCAGUAUAUGACUUCAGUAGUGUUGGACCUCAGCAUGGAAGGCUACGCAACAACAAAAACGGAGGUGCCUGGUGUCCCAGAAAUAUAAUUUCCAGGGAGGCCAAGGAAUACCUUGAAAUCGAUCUGGAAAAACUCCAUGUAAUAACGGAAACCAGAACACAGGGGAGGUAUGGCAACGGGCAGGGUAGGGAGUACGCCGAAGAGUACAUGGUGGAUUAUUGGAGGCCAGGAUUAGUAGAAUGGAAGCGGUGGAAAAACAGAUCGGGAAGAGAGUUGCUGAAAGGAAACUCGAAUACCAACACUAUUAUGGAACAGAAACUGGACCCUCCGAUAAUCGCAUCCAAGAUACGUUUCCUUCCCUACAGCGAGCACGUACGGACAGUUUGUAUGCGUGUUGAAGUGGUGGGAUGCCCCUGGAAGGAUGGCAUCCUGAGCUACAGCAUGCCCCAGGGUACCAGAAAGGGAAAACUCGAUCUCAGAGAUGAGACCUACGACGGCUUAGAGGACGCUGGACAUGUGUUCCAGGGACUGGGACAGCUCGUGGACGGACACGUCGGUCAGGAUAAUUUCAGAGUUGACCUGACGGGAUAUGGCAAAGGUUACGAAUGGAUCGGCUGGCGCAACGACUCCAUUGGAUCAGCUUCGGGCCAGUCUGUGGAAAUACUGUUCGAAUUCGACGUCGUCAGGAACUUCUCAGCUGUCCAUCUUCACACGAACAAUCUCUUCAGCAUGGACGUGCAGGUCUUCUCGCAUGCCAAAGUUUUCUUCAGCGUCGAAAACAACGUCUUCGAUGGAGAAGCCGUUCAUUUCUCUUACAUGCCGGAUUUGGUGUUAGAACACGCCAGAAAUGUCACGAUCAAGCUUCAUCAUCGCAUCGGUAAAUGGGUCAAGUUGCAACUAUAUUUCGCAUCCAGAUGGAUUUUGCUCAGUGAAGUUUCCUUCGAUUCGAAGCCUGCCACGAACAAUUCCACGGAACAACCUGAGAACGGCGCGAAUCAAACCUCGCUCCACAAUUCAAAGGAAUAUCCGCCGCAAAGGGACGAGGGCAAGAGGCUGCACACGAGGUACCAUAGCAACAACACGACGACGUUUAGCGAGCCAAAGUUCAACGAGGGGACGGGGUUCCAGUAUAUCGCUUUCGUUAUCGGUACCGUGAUUGUCGCCAUGAUGAUACUGCUGGCGGCGAUCGGGUUUAUCAUUUUCCGGAAUUAUAGGCUCAAGGAGACCUCGAGUGUUUCCAGACCUCCGGUGGUGGAGGAUAAGCCGAUAGGAAACGAGAAGAUGCGGUUGGAAACCAACGAUAAAACUUCGCUUUUUCCCACAACUUUCAGGCCCAGCUUCUAUUCGAAGAAACAUAAUUCAGGAGAUUUCACUGAUGUUCCAGAUCUGGUUUGCAGAGAAUUCCCGCCGCAGGCGUCGCCGCAAAGACACACCACCCCGUCAAAGAAAAAACGCUCUUCACGACCCUCUCUGAAUUUUCUUGCAGACCAACUGGACGACGCCCUGCCCGAAUACGAGACCGUGGGAAGCAUCGCGUCCAGCCCGCUGAACACCCUGUCCCGCCACCAGCAGCCCGGCGGCUACGAGGUGUUGAAGCAGAAGCAGCUGGUCAAACUGCCCCCGACGCCGAAGGACCUCUGGGACACGAACCUGUCGGAGAUCGAGAGCUUCCCCCGCGAUCAGUUACGCAUAGUGGAGAAGUUCGGCGUGAGCCAGUUCUGCGACAUCCACCUGUGCGAGAUAGUGGGUAGCUAUAGGGACGUCGGGUGGCAUCGCGGCGACACCAAGUUCGUGGUGGUGCACACCCUCCGCGCCGAAUGCUACAGAACAGAUUUCAACGCGGAAGUAAACGUACUGUCGAGAUUGAGACACGCAAAUAUAGCGAGGCUGCUGGGGGCAUGUCUGGACUCCGAGCCCAUUUGCGCCAUUCGCGAGUACACGCCGCACGGUGAUUUGUGUCAGUUUUUACAAGAUCACGUGGCGGAAACUGCGAAAUCUCCGACAUCGACUGCGAGGACGUUAAGUUUAUCAUGCCUGAUCUACAUGGCAACACAGAUUGCCGCUGGAAUGAAGUACUUAGAAUCACAGCGUUUUGUGCAUAAAGACUUAGCUGCUAGGAACUGCCUAGUCGGAAAACGGUACGAAAUAAAAAUUUCCGAUUUCGGAUCAUGUCGUCAAAUCUACAGUUCCGAUUACUGUCAGAUUGCAGGAUCUCUCCUGCCUUUACGUUGGAUGGCAUGGGAAAGUGUUAUUUCGGGUCAUUUCUCGAGUAAAAGCGACGUUUGGUCCUUUGGAAUAACGUUAUGGGAGAUCUUGACGUUCGCUCGAGAACAGCCUUUCGAAGAACUGAGCAACGAUGAGGUGAUGGAGAAUGUGACUAGAUAUUACGAAGACGAAGACAAACCGGUCCUGCUCGGUGUCCCGGUGAACUGUCCCAAGGAUAUAUACGAACUCAUGUGCGAGUGCUGGCAACGCAACGACGUUGACAGGCCAAAAUUCCGGGAAAUAAAUCUUUUCCUCCAGAAGAAAAUACUGGGCUACAAUCCCGAUUUUCAUUGAGUCAUCAUCGCAACGACAAUAUGUUUCAUCGACAAUAAAACGAUAAUUUUAAGUAAUAGCGGCAUAUCAGUAGGUUAUUCGGUUAUAUGUUGCAUCGGUCGACAUGAACUCUUGGCGCGAAGCUGUUUUUAUUGUAUAUUUGUUGAAAUUGUGAUCCGAACAGUUUUUUAUAGUAUUCGUGGUGUUGCGCCACCGGCAGAUGUGAAUUUGUGAUUGCGAAUGACUAUUAAGUAAAAAAACGCCGAAAUGUAAAUAGGGCACCGAUGAAGUUGACGUUUAUUGAAUCCCCGAAAGUGCAAUGCAAGAAUUGUUAUUCUCAAUUUUAAUAAUGGUCCUCAUCACUAUUAUUACAUGUAUAGCACAACAAAUAUUCGCUCUGGAGCAGUGGCAACGGGUGUUUUUACAGGUGCUCUUCGGAAAAUAUCAAAUAUUUGUUCCGGUGAGCAGAAGAAAGUGUUUCCAUCGAUAUUUGGACUCUGCAUGAGAGGCUGGAAUUUUUUAUUUUUAAUAUCGAGGAAACAGCAGCUAUAUCACAAUCAUUUCGACGAUAUUAUAUGUGGAUCUGAAUAGGCUCAUACAGGGUAAGUCGCUGGGUAGCUUGAGUGUUGUGGAUACGGAUUCUCGAACCUGAAAGAAGCACUCAGAUUUUACGGGAGUUCAAAUUCGGUGCUGGUAAGAUAAUUUCACUUUAUGAGGAUGGAAAUGAUAAUCUCAAUUUUGAAUUCAAAAUGACCGAUUAAAACCAAGAAUCAUUAUCGAGACAGAUUUGAUUUGAUAAAAAAUGAAUACCUUUUCAAUGUAAGCAGGUUAUAAAUUCGAUGUAGAAAAAUCAUUAGAAAAUCACUCAAAAAACUGACUGUGUACCAAUACUCGUAGAUGAAUGGAUUAUGAUGAUUCUGACCUCCGCGUUCGUUUUCCCCAGUUUUCGUGAAGAUGAAUGUGUCUUUACCGUGUGACGAGAUUCAAAACUGAUGUAUAGGUAUAUCAUGGUUGAUUUGUGGUUAACGCUAUUAUUGAAUAUAAUAAAGUCAAGUUGUAACAGUUUUGUAAAAUAUCGAACAUAAUGUAUCCUUUCUCGGAAAUAGUGAAUAUACUAUGUAAUAGUAGUUAAAUAAACUGUAAUUGGUC